AUGGCCUUCCAUCCUAAGUUGCAUUCCACCCAACUCCUAUUGAUUCUUUCGUAUGUUACUGCCGCAGUGGCAUCUCGUGCGGUUCCCCCAGAAUUUUCCCAUGAAAUCAAUCUACAGCCAGCGGACUUCCACAACGAGCGCCUCUACCGAGCCUACCUUGUGAUCCAGCGUUUCAAGAGCACCAUUACUAGCGAUCCCAAGAACGUUACCGCCACCUGGUCAGGUAGUGACAUCUGCAACGAGAAGACCUAUCUCGGCUUCCACUGCGCAACGCCACAAGGGUUAGAUGAGAAGCUAACAGUUACGGAGGUUCUUUUCAAUGGCUUUGGCCUGUGUGCGCCGAGGUUGCAAGGCUUCAUCGACCAACUUCCUGAUCUGGCGCUUUUUCAUGCGUCCUCCAACAAAUUUGGUGGCGAUAUCCCUCAACUGGAUAGUCUGCCAUACCUGUUCGAGUUCAAUAUCGCGAACUACGACCCCCAACCAUUGUAUCCUUCCGGUUAUUCUGCACUCCAAGGAAAGGGAGGCGCAUCGGGACAAUAUUCAGCUGAUAGUACACAUUGCAGUACUACUUUUCUUAAUUUUACGUUUCACUUCCAAGCACGCACGCCGGACAUAGGAGGUAUUAUUCCGGGCGUCACCGAUGCAAAGGCACUUAUCAUGAACUACAACAACCUGUCCGGGAAACUUCCGACGAACAUUGGCUUCUCCAAGGUGAGCUAUCUCGCCCUCGCCAACAACAAGCUCACCGGCCCAAUCCCGCCAUCAAUCGCCCACAUGCAAGACUCCCUCUUCGAGGUGCUCCUCCUCAACAACCAGCUCUCCGGCUGCCUCCCCCACGAGCUGGGCAUGCUCACCAAGACAUCCGUCAUCGAUGCCGGCAUGAACCAGCUGACCGGCCCGAUCCCGUCAUCCUUCUCCUGCCUCAGCAGCGUCGAGCAGCUCAACCUCGCCGGGAACCGCCUCUACGGGCAGGUCCCCGACGCGCUCUGCAACCUCGCCGGCCCGGCCGGCCGCCUCGCCAACCUCACGCUGUCGAGCAACUACUUCACCUCCGUCGGGCCGGCGUGCUCGGCGCUGAUCAAGGACGGCGUGCUGGACGUGAAGCGCAACUGCAUCCCCGGCUUCGCCAACCAGAGGGCCCCGGCGGAGUGCGCCUCGUUCCUGAGCCAGCCCAAGACGUGCCCGGCGUCGAGCGCUCCAGUGGAGUGCCCCGCUGCCGCCGACGCCAAGAAGAACGCAGCGGCGCCGGAGGGGAAGGUGGCCCGUGAGUACUCCAGCUACGUGACCUACGCCACUCUGCAUGAGUGA